AUGUCAAAUAUUGCCCCAGAACUCGUAUUGACAAGCCGAUGGUUAAAUAUUAUUGCUGGUAUAGCAUUAUUUGCGUUCGGUCUUGUUGGUAAUUGUUUUAAUAUAUACAUAUUUACUCGACCAAGAUUUCGUCGUGCUCCGUCGGUUCAAUAUUUAUUAGCUGGUUCAAUUGCAAAUCUAAUUCAACUUGGGCAAACUUUAUUACCUCGAAUACUGGGAGAUGGAUUUGGAAUUCCAAUUAUUCAAUCGAGUACAAUCCAUUGUCAAAUUCGCUUGACGCUAGCAGCUGUCGCAACCUUAUGUUCAAUUUCUUAUCCAUGUUGGGCAUCAUUCGAUCAUGCGGUUAGCACAUCGCAGUAUGCUUCUACACGCCAUUAUUACACAUCAAAACGAUUUGUUUAUUGUGCAAUCUUCGGCACGGUCUUCUUCUGGUUUAUUGUCUACGUUCCUAGCACUCUUCAUAUUCGAGCGACAAAAGAAGUAUGCGCAGGAUCCAAUUAUAUCAUUACUUGUAUUUACUCGUAUGGAAUCUCUCCAGCUGCAUACAGCAUCUUACCAAUAGCGCUCAUUUGUUAUCUCAAUUAUCGGAUCGUUCGUAACCUUCAACAGAUGAAAAGAGUAAAUUCAAUUGGAGUCAGGAAUACACGUUUAGUUCGACAAGUUCGUCGAAUGCUGAUUCCUCAACUGAUUGUACUGAUCAUAUCAGGAAUACCAUUCAGUAUCCAAACAAUAUAUUCCGUAGGGACCAUGGCAAUGUCAAAAGAUUCCGUUCGUCAAGCAGCAGAAGGUGUCAUUCUCAAUCUAGUCCGAUUGUUGUUCUAUUUGAACUACGUAUGUUCAUUCUAUGUUUAUAUUGUCAAAUCAAGUGAAAUUCGACACGAAUGCGGGAAAAUGUUCGGAAAACGUUAUCCAAUUCUACCACAAGGAACAGUUAUCAACGGCAAUGAGAGAUAG